AUGAAACUCCUCCAGUCCUCCUCCGCGCCGCCACUCGCCAGUCUCGCCUCCUCCACGCACCACCCGCCUCCUCCUCCGCGUCUCCUCCGCGCCGCCCGUGACCACCUCCUCCGCGUCGACAUGUCCUAGGUCCUCCGCAGCAACAGAUGGAUCUGACGGAGCCUACCUUCCCCGUGUCCUCCAUCUCCACUGCGACCGUGGCCGCUCCGGCACCAGCAGGGCCGCACAGCGGCGGGAGCAAGUCCGUGCUCGACGGGAUGGCUGGCCCAUCCAUGAAGCCGGUUCACCUCGAAGAAUUGGCUGGCUCAUCCAUGAAGCCGGUUCACCUCGAAGAAAUGGCUGGCCCAUCCAUGAAGCCGAUUCAGCUUGAAGAAUUGGCUGGCUCAUCCAUGAAGCCGGUUCACCUCGAAGAAAUGGCUAGCCCAUCCAUGAAGCCGGUUGAGCUCGAAGAAUUGGAUCCCAUGGGUGAUGUUGACAAGCAGAGGCUAAAGUGGGAAACCAUCAAUGAGGACCAGCAGGUGUGGGAUGCCCUUGAUGAGCAGCGAAAAUUGAGAAAGAAAGAGGAGAGGAAGCAGAGACAAGAGGAGAGGAAACAUAAGCAAGAAGAAAGGAGGCAUAAGCAAGAAGAGAGGAGGCUAAAGCAAGAGUACAACAAAAAGAUUAAGUUGGAGGUGGCUGCAAGGAGGAAAGAGCUACAAGGUAGGAAGAAGAAGCAAGCGAAUGAGCUACAGGAUAUGAAGAAGCCGAAGAUGGUCAGAGCAGAAGGAGGAGGUUCUCCUUGCGGAGUGACCAGGUCUCCUGGAGUGAAUAUGCUGAGGUCUCGUCUUGGAGUUCUUGCAAAUGUGGCAGCUUCAAAAAGAGGGAGGUCGCUGUCAGAUAUGGAUGGAAGCCCCCGUUCACAGAAAAAUGCCAAGUCCACACCGAGGUCGCCAUCUAAGCUGAGGUCGCCAUCUACGCUGAGGUCGCCAUCUACGCCGAGGUCGCCAUCUUCAUCGAGGUCACCAUCUCCGGCGGCUUCUCCGUUGGGUGGUUCGAGAACAACUAAUUCACGCGGUGAGAUGAUUUACGAAUGUUUUACAACUGCAGCAACUAUUUACUUAAAUUUUAGUGAAAAUGUUCUUACAAAUGUUGAGAUUUUAGUUAAAGUUUAUGGACUGGAGGGAGUAUACUUGAAUUGUUUCUUGAGAUGA